AUGGUGGCGUACUUAGGGGCUCUCCCAGGGGAGGUGGCGCCCACAGGGGCCCUCCCAGCUGCAGCGGCGUCCUCAGUGGACCUCUCAGGACUGGUUACACCCAGAGAAGCCUGUCAAGGGGUAACGACGCCUCCAGGGGCUGAUUUGGCCCUACCUAGGAUGGUGGCGCCGUCACAGACCCUCCCAGAGGCGGUUGCUCCCCAAAGGACCCCCCUAAGGGCUACCUCGCCCCCAAACUCUAUCCCAGAGGCGAGGGAGCCCUCUGGGGCCCUCCCUGGGGAAACUGCGCCCCCAGGAGCCCACUUCAGGGCGACGGCGCCCCCAGGGGAAUUCCCAGAGGUAGCGGCGCUCCCAGGGCACCACCCAGGAGUAACGGUGCCCCCAAGGGCUAACCCAAGGAUGGUGGCGUACUUAGGGGCUCUCCCAGGGGAGGUGGCGCCCACAGAGGCCCUCCCAGCUGCAGCGGCGUCCUCAGUGGACCUCUCAGGACUGUGGCCCUACAGUGACAGUUCUACCAGGGGCCUUCCCAUUUGCCCUACCAUAUGCGACGGCUUUAGUGGCUUUUCCAGGGUUGUUGGCGCUCCCAGGGGACUUACAAGGGGCCCUGUCAGGGGCUGUGGUUCCCCCAGUGGCCUUACCAAUGAUGGUGGUGCCGUCACAGACCCUCCCAGAGGCGGUUGCGCCCCAAGGGACCCUCCUAAGGGCGACCUCGCCGCCAAGGCUAUCCCAGGGGCGACGGAGCCCUCUGAGGCUCUCCCAGGGGAAACUGUGUCUGCAGGAGCCCACUUAGGGGGGACGGCACCCCAAGGGAAUUUCCAGAGGAACUGCAAGGCCCGUCAGAACUUCUGGUGCCCCCAGUGGCCCUACUAUGAUGAUGGCGCCCCCAACAGACCCUCCCAGAAGCGGUUGCGCCCCCUGGCCUUUAAGGCACCCUGGAUCCUGAAGGCCAUCUCGAAAGAUAGAUUUGCGGGGCCCAAGAGAAACUGCACCUCAGGGAGACCCUAUCGGGCGAUGGCGCACUCUGUGAAUACCCCGAUGAAGUGGCGUUUCCCAGGUGGCCCUACCAAGGAUGAUGGUGCCCCCACAGACCCUCCCAGAGGCCCUUGCCCCGCCAGGGACCCUCCUAAGGGCACCCUUGGUUCCCAAGGCUAUCCCAGGGGCGACAGAGCCCUGCGGGGCCCUCCCAAGAGAAACUGCUCCCUCAGGAGCCCACUUAGGGGCGACGGCGCUCCCCGGGAAAUUCCCAGAGGCAGCGGCGCUCCCAGGGGACCACCCAGGGGUAAUGGUGCCCCCAGGGGCCCUCCCAAGGAUGGUGGCGUACUUAGUGGCUCUCCCAGGGGAGGUGGCGCCCACAGGGGUCCUCCCAGCUGCAGCGGCAUCCUCAGUGGACCUCUCAGGACUGAUUACACCCUGAGAGGCCUGUCAAGGGGUAACGACGCCCCCAGGGGCUCUUUCUGCCUUCAGGGUCCGUACAGUCACAGUCCUCCCUGGGGCCUUCCCAUUUGCCCUACCAUCUGCGACGGCUUUAGUGGCUUUUCCAGGGGUGUUGGCGCUCCCAGGGGACUUAUAAGGGGCCCUGUCAGGGGCUGUGGUUCCCCCAGUGGCCUUACCAAUGAUGGUAGCGCCGUCACAGACCCUCCCAGAGGCGGUUGCGCCCCAAGGGACCCUCCUAAGGGCGACCUCGCCGCCAAGGCUAUCCCAGGGGCGACGGAGCCCUCUGAGGCUCUCCCAGGGGAAACUGUGUCUGCAGGAGCCCACUUAGGGGGGACGGCACCCCCAGGGAAUUUCCAGAGGUAG